UUGAAGUGGAUGAUGAGCAGAUGGUUUUUCUUUUGUGUUUUGGUUUGUUUUCAACUUGGUUUAGAUUCUAUCAAUGGCUACACCUCAAGAAACACAUCGCAAACGUAAAAUUGCUUUACGAAAAUUCAAUGAUUAUUUCAAUAGUUUUAUUGAUGGCCAUGGAGAGGAAAUUGUGGAGGAAAAAAAGGAAAUACGAAAUCUAAUCGAACAGAUUCGCAAAUACAAUCGGGAUUUAGCCGAUGAUGAUUUCCUAUUCGAAGAAGAAUUAUACGAACGUUUCAAUUCACAAGCACAUCGUUUGGCUAAAUUUCUCAACGGUUCACCCAUUAUUGAUGAUUCGAAAGAGAAAAGGACUAGCAAUCAAAAUGAAAUCAAACCAAUGGAAAAGCCCAUUGAAAAUGAUGAUAUUGAUAAUGAUAAUGAACCUGAUCAUAUUGAUUGGUUACUUGCUGAAUACUACAUUGGUCAACUAGAAUUGAGAGACGAUAAUUGGUUUGAUUACUAUCCCCAAAUGAUGCACUUCAUCAUAUUCGAACCAAAAAUGUCCUAUGAAAUGAGGAUUGGACAUCUCCGCAAAACUAUUGCCCAUAAUGCUAAAGCCAAUGAAUUGAUUGAUAAUGAAACAUCAUUGACAAAUGCUGUCGAUAUUCUAAGCAAACAUUUCAAUCACUUGUCAUGGCAAGAUCGAGAAAUGACUGUCAAAAAACUGAUCGAUACAUUUACUUUCAUUGCCACUCCUGCAGCUGAUAAGAAAAAUUUUCGCGAAGUAUUUCACAUUGCAUUACACAUACGAUACAAUGUUCGCCAAGGAUUUCAGCAAAAAUAUUUCGAAAUGAUUAGAGAUAAAUUGCCACUUUGGUAUAGAUGCAAUUCGCUUGGCUAUUUGAUACGAAUGUUUCGGGCAAAACUUCGCGUAUUUGAUGCGGUGAAUGUUUUAGAAAGGGGCAAAUAUCAAGAAUUAGAAGGAUUGUUUGAUCGGUUAAUCGUGAAUCAUGAGCCAUGUCCAAUUUGUCAUCAUCUUUACAAAUGUAUUCGAUGUCAUCCCGUUGUUCGAUGUAGACAUUUGAAUGAAUUCUGUAAUCGAUUUCGAAAGGGUCAAGACAUUUCCAUGUCUAUGAAUAAUUUAUCCAUUGAAAGUUGGAAAUGAAAAUGUCUACUCAAAAAAUUAAUCUUUUUUACAAAUCAUGUCAUUCAAUUACACUGACUUUUUUAAUAAAGAAAUGUUUUAUUCU